GUCUCGGGGCGCCAUGGAGCGCGAGGCCUCCGGGGGAGACGCGCUGAUGCGGCAGCUCAGGGAGAGCCGCCACCGCUUCCAGAGGCACAUGCAGCAGCUGCUGGAGAAGUACAAUCAACCCUUCGAGGAUGCCCCGGUGGUGCAAAUGUCCACGCUGACCUACAAGACGGCCCAGGGAUUGAGAGUUUGGGGUGGAAGACUAGUAAAGAAGAAAAACAAAGGACAAAGCCAGGGCUUCCCCGUGGAGGCGGUUGGCAGGAAGGAUGGUGACGCGCUGCCCGCGCCCUGCGCACAGGACCUGGGAGUGGAUUCAAAAAGCAGUGAUGUUGAUGCAACUUUAUACCAGGAGGAUCCGGCUGCUGGGGACAUCACAGUAAGACCCAUCUGUGCUGCAGGGACAGGGUCAGGGCUCGAGCCUGCAGUGCCUUGGAGCCCUCUGAAGGAUGAGUUGAGGAGGAAAUACUUGACCCAGGUGGACACUCUGCUACAAGAUAAAGGGUGUUUAGAGGACAAUGGUUACAGCGACGGAAACGAGACACGUGUGAUCCAGGUCCCUUCACUGGCCUCUCCCAGGCCUGCGCAUGGAUACUGUGGCCGUGUCCCUGAAGACAGUCCUGAGCCAGCUGCGUCUCCACACCCUUGCUCCUCAGACCUGGCCCUCGUGCCCACACGUGACAGUGUCUCGUUGCGAGAGACCAGUGGUGACAGCUUCUCGAGCAGCCAGUCCUUCGUAGCCGGCGACAUCUGCAGCGUGACCGUCAGCGACCUGUACGAGGGCAUGCUGCACUCCAUGAGCCGGCUGCUGAGCGCGAAGCCCUCGUGCGUCAUCUCCACCAAGACCUUCAUCGUUCGCAGCCGGAGCUCUUGGGGGCGGCGCCGGCGCCAGAGCAGACUGAACAGGACGUACAGCCGAGGCGGCAGGCCGGCGCCCGGGGGCCCCCAGGACAGGCUCCUGCCCUGUGCCCAGCCCACCACAGAGGUGCGGGUGUUAAGAGAGUGCCAGAACGUCGUAGAUCUUUCUGGCCAGCAGGCAGGAUUCAAAUUGGAAAAGGCUUUUCUUAAAGUGAACAAACUCCAAAUCUGGAAGGAGCCGAAGGGAACGCCCCAGAAGUUGCCUUCACUGACGUUCGUGGACUCCCGUGCAGCACGUGGUCUUGAUCGGGAGGACAGACUGAUGGCACUGAAGUGGUUAAUUUCUCCUGUGAAAAUCGUUUCCAGACCGAGAAUGCUGCAGGGCGAGGGAGGGAGUCCUCAUCGGGAGUUCAGAAGCAGGUUUGAUAAACUUCGUCAGGAAUACUGCCUGAGCCCCAGCAAGCAGCCAGCCCUGACCUACGUCCCCAGCUCCUCCACCAGUGUCGUCUUGCACAGAGGUGGACCAGUGAGCCCGGGUGGCCCCCGGGGCCUAGAAACCCACCGGCCAAGUAGGCCGUCCAGCAGAUCCAAAGCUAAGAGUCUAAAUGAGGCUUUCAAACACCUGGGCAGACAAGCUGGAGAAGCAGGAAGGUGCCUGUCCAAAAGCGACUCCUCUCCAUCACUUUCCCGGAGCCCAGGCCCCUCCGAGCCAGCCGCUGGUCUUUUCCAAGGAAAUCGUCGAGGAAUAUUUAGGAUGUCAGUGUCCCUCGGCAAAGCUAUUUCAGUACCUGGGGUACGACCUCUAGGCUCUGCAAGAGAUCGAUAUGAUGGAAUUAAAGAGAAAUUUGACCAGCUUCAUCAGAAGUAUUGCCAAAAAUCGCUGCAGCGGCCAAAGGCGCUUUUCUGUCCUGGAGAAUCUCCCGGUAAAGGAAGUGUGCGAGUUCAGAAUCAAAAAGAAGACUUCCUAGGAGAAUUAAAUCCAGACUCUGGCUUCCAGCGUCCCCAAAAGUUGACAUCAUCACCCCAGCGGGGCAUCAGAAGGUCACUGGGCUCAACUACCAUGGAGGUUCAUCCAUCUCCAUGGCUUGCUCUGGCCGCCAAGCUCAGCCCUCAGCCCCACUCAAAGAGACGCCGGUUAUCAGACCCCCAGGUGUGUGGAAGGUGGGCCGAGUCCCAGGAUCCCUCUUAUCUGUUGGGCAGGGCCAUCCCAAGGCCAGGGGAAGAGGUCAGCUCUUCGCGGCCCGACUGGAAAAGGAAGAGAAAAGAAGAGCACAUCUUUCAGGACGGAAGUUAAGUGACUUUGUGUUAAAAACUGGAAACUAAAACUCUACAGCCAAGUUAUUUUCGGGUGUUGCCCUCUCCCCCCUUGCUGUGUGUGUGUGUGCAUGCACGCGUGUUUUCAAUUCUCCAGAAUGCAUUAGAGCUUGCUCCAGUUUUCGGGUGUUGCCCUCUCCCCCCUGCUGUGUGUGUGUGUGUGCAUGCACGCACGUUUUCAAUUCUCCAGAAUGCAUUAGAGCUUGCUCCAGUUUUCGGGUAUUGCCCUCCCCCCUUGCUGUGUGUGUGCAUGCACGCACGUUUUCAAUUCUCCAGAAUGCAUUAGAGCUUGCUCCAGUUUAUGCCUUCAGAGCAGAUCUCGGGGUAUUGGUCUCAUUGAGAUGACUGACAGGUUCCUGGUAUUAGAAUGAUUGAAUGAAGUUGCUCAAUUGAAAUUACUGUUGUCCUUUGUAGGGCUGUUUUGCUCGUGUUCUGUGCUCCAUAGAGAGAUGGCAACAAAACUCUCACAUCUGCCAUUGCCUUAGACAAAGUGUUUGCUUUGAAACCUGAGGCUGCACGCUGGAUGCAAGGAUCCCUGGAGGGAAAAUGCAGACCCAUGGGGCUUGGUACCCUCCCCAUCGGGAGGGAGCAGAUGUAAACGUAAUUCACCCAUGCGAGGAAAGCACGCUGUAUGUGAACGUUCCUGAGACAGUCCCCACGCACUCUUGUAGCCGCACAGCAUCCGUGACAUCUCGGGACUCUUAUUAGAGCUGUUUGUAGUAGGAUAUCUUCUUUAAUAAAAUGUGUCAAAUAUUCAGGACA